AUGGCCAUCAUCGGCGCUGGGUUCGACGAGCAGUCCUUCAGCAGCGAUGAAAGCUACGACCACCUUUUCACAGACACCGCCGCAGUCAAAGGGCUGUUCUUCCAGCGCGGUCGGCUGCUUCAUGAACCAGAGGCUUCCCUCCAAGUCUUGGACCCUCUCUACCAGGCGCUCAUCAACGUGGGAGGCAUCCGGUACGCCUUCCCCUGGAGCACUCUGGAAGACUUUCCCCGGAGUCGCCUGAGCCGUCUGCGCCUCUGCACCACCCUCAGGGAGAUGGCGGAGUUCUGUGACGACUACGACUCCCUGCGCCACGAGUUCUUCUUCGACCGAGACCCUUUGGCCUUCCGAGCUAUCUUCUGCUACCUGGCGAACGGGAAGCUGCGUCUGCUGCAGGACGUGUGCAACGUGGCCCUGCACGCCGAGCUGCUGUACUGGGGCAUCGACGUGGAGCAGAUGGCGCCCUGCUGCCGCCACAGCGUGGUUUCCGCCGUGGAGGAGGUGGUCCAGCACCAACGGAGGGAGGAAGAGUGGCGGGAGAAGAGGAGGGCGCUGAGGGCUCCGCUCGUUCAGGGAAGCCUCUUCCACAUGUUGGGGGAAGCAGUGGAAAACCCUCAUUCGGGCUUAGUGGGGAAGAUAUUCGCCUGUUUGUCUGUCUUCAUGGUAGCGGUCACUGUGGUCAGCCUCUGCAUCGGCACCAUGUCAGAUUUCCGAAAAGAAGAUGACACAGGUGAAUGCUCCCAAAAAUGCCGGAACAUAUUCAUAGUGGAAUCAGUCUGCGUGGCCUGGUUCACCUUUGAACUCCUGGUGAGAUUUUUUCAUGCACAGAACAAGCUGGAGUUUGCUUGCAGCUCCCUCAACGUCGUCGACGCGGUGGCUAUCGUGCCCUACUACGUCUCGCUGUUGCUGGAGGUCCGAGACGAGUCGGUCCACGACAUCGGAAGGAGCACUUUGGACAAGCUGGGUCUGAUCCUGCGUGUGUUGAGAGCCCUGCGUAUCCUCUAUGUGAUGAGGCUGGCUCGACACUCCACGGGGCUGCAGACUCUGGGGCUGACCAUCCAGCGGAGCCUGAAGGACUUCGGUCUGCUGCUGCUCUUCAUGUGCGUUGCCGUGGCCCUCUUCUCCCCGCUGGUGCACCUCGCAGAGAGCGAGCUGGCGCCGGACAGCGCCCGCUCCCCCCAGCUCAGCUUCAGCAGCAUCCCCGCAUCCUACUGGUGGUCCAUCAUCUCCGUCACCACCGUCGGCUACGGCGACAUGGUGCCGCACAGCAUCCCCGGCCAGUUGGUGGCGCUGAUCAUCAUCCUAUCAGGGAUCCUCCUCCUGUCGUUCCCAUCAACGUCCAUCUUCCACACGUUUAACCGCACGUACACUGAACUCAAGGAGGAGCACGAGAGGCUGUGGAAGGAGGAGAGAGGAGCUGAACUCGCCACCGAGGCCGAGGAGAGCAUGAGAGAGAGAGAUACCUGGCCUGACAACUGGCCCGAGACUGACGCCUUACCUGGUCUGGACGACCCUUAUUACCUCUUCAUGGAUGACAUUAAAGUGCUGGCGAAGAGCUCCAGUCACCAGCCUCUGAUUGAGUGA